ACUAAGUUUUCCAGUAUAAGGUUGAUUAGGAAAACUACUUCUGAGCUGAUGUGAGUUAAACAGAGGGAUGGAGAAUCUCUUAAAAACUAUAUGAGCAGGUUCAAUGAUGUAGUAUUGGAGGUUAAUUCCUUUGAUCAAGCUGUGGGGAUUACAGCUGUGAUCUCCGGUCUUAAACAUGAUAGGUUUAGAGACAGUUUGAUCAAACAUGCUGCCAUCACCUUUAGCGAGGUGAACGAUAGGUCUCUGAAAUUUAUAACCGCUGAGGAGUAUGCCCUAGCGCAGAAUCCGACUCCUUCUAAGAACCAGAACCCAGAAUGGAGAGAUGACAAUUUGAGCCGGAAAAGGAUGAAGAUGGCGCAGAACCGAGGUCCGAUACCGACCUCCACACCGAGAUUCGGAAGGUCGAACUCAACACCCCUGCAACAAUCUGCAGGUGGACUGAGCUCUAAACAGCGAAAGCUGUAUGUCAGAGAGGUUAAGCAUCAGAACCGAGCUAAAAAACGAAAGUUUAACGAUGCUGAGUGGAAGAAUCAACCCAUUACUUUCACAUCUGCUGGUCUUGAUAUAGUUGUUACACCCCAUAAUGAUCCCUUGGUCACUUCUGUCAUGAUUAACAACUGUGAAGUACAGCGUGUCCUUGUUGACACCGGGAGUGCACCAGACAUCAUGUACUUCCAUUGUUUCGAGAGUCUUGGGUUGGAUCCGGCAUUGUUGCAAAAAUAUGAUGGUCCCAUCUAUGGUUUUAACAACCGACCUGUUUCAGUAGAAGGAGUUCUUACCCUCCAUGUGGCUUUUGGGAGUGGCCGGACCUAUGUAACCCCUUCAGUCCGGUUACUUGUCGUCAAGAUGGUGUCCUCUUUCAACAUUGUUAUUGGCCGACCCACAUUGACUGAAAUCCGAGUUGUGGUUUCCCAAUCUCAUCUCUGCAUGAAGUUCCCAACUCCCAUGGGAAUAGCAACACUGCGAGGAAACCAGGAGGUGGCCAGACAUUGUUAUAUGAUAUAUCACCUCGAGAUCGUAGAUAAUCGACCGGAAGAUGAAACCAGAGCUGCUCCGGUCGAAGAUGUUGAAGAAGUGCUCAUUGAUGACAGAGAUCCGAAUAUACCGGGAAUUCCAAAUUCAGUAUCUCAACACAAACUCAGCACCAAUCCAUUGAAGAAACCAGUGGCCCAGAAGCGACGUCUCUUCGGGGGGGAGCGGCUUCAGGCUAUUAAAGAAGAGGUAGAGAAACUUCUACAAGCUGGUUUCGUCAGGAAAGUUGAUUAUUGCGAAUGGGUGGCUAACCCAGUCCUGGUGAAGAAGGCAAACGGUAAAUGGCGAAUGUGCAUUGAUUACACAAAUCUUAACCAAGCCUGCCCCAAGGAUUACUAUCCAAUGCCGAGCAUUGACAAAUUAGUUGAAGUGGCUUCAGGCAAUGAGAGGUUAAACCUCUUGGAUGCAUAUUCUGGGUAUCACCAGUUGCCGAUGGCUCCCGAAGACGAAGAGAAAACCUCGUUCUAUGCUGGCGAUGAAAUCUAUUGCUAUGUCAUGAUGCCAUUUGGCUUAAAGAACGCCGGUGCUACUUAUCAGAAAAUGGUAACCAUUGUCUUCCGAGCUCAGAUUGGCAGGAAUCUGGAGGUGUAUGUCGAUGACAUUGUGGAUGCGGUUAAACCCAACCAAAUGCAUCUUCGGAGUGGAAUCUGGAAAGUUUCUAGGUUUCAUGGUGUCCCGAAGAGGGAUCGAGGUCAAUCCAGAGAAGAUCAGACCAAUUGCCAAGAUGGAACCGCUGAAAUCACUCAAGCGCUAGCAGAUUUUAUUGUCGAAUGUACCCCAUGUCCUUCAACCCCUAAUCCAGAGCCCAACGACUGGACCUUAUAUGUUGACGGGGCAUCUAGUAGCAACGGGUCAGGAGCUGGCGCUCUCUUGAUUGGUCCAGAGGGUUAUCGAAGCGAGCAGGCUUUGAAAUUCAACUUUGAUGCAAUAAAUAACAUGGUUGAAUAUGAAGCUCUGCUACUUGGCCUACAGCUAGCAUUGGAGUUGAAAAUCAGUGCAAUUCAAGUAUACAGUGACUCUCAGUUGGUAGUGAACCAAACCAACUCAAUCUGCGAAGUCGUUGAUCCUGUGAUGGUGAAAUAUGUAGCCUUGGUGGCCGAGCUGAAAUGCAAAUUCCAGAAAUUCUGUCUGAGCAAAAUUCCCCGAGCUGAGAAUGAACACGCAGAUUCACUCUCCAAGCUUGCCUCUGAUAGCUCUUUAAGUUCCAGAUUCGUUUUUGUAGAGACUGAUUCAAUCAUCUCCUUUUUGCGAGAUGGGAUAGUACCUGAGGACAGGCAGGAGGCAAUGAAGUUGAGGAAGAAAGCAUCUCGGUAUGCACUCAUUGAUGGGGUCCUGUAUAAGAGAUCUUUCUCACUUCCUCUUCUACGGUGUUUAAACCCCUACGAAGCUGAAUACGCACUUCGAGAGCCAAACAUGCACAAAGAUGCCACUUACUUUGUUCAGAAAUGCCCGAAAUGUCAAUUCUUUGCACAUCUGACUCACCAACCAGCAGAAGAGCUCACGAACUUGGUAGCACCGUGGCCAUUUGCUCAGUGGGGAGUGGAUCUUUUAAGCCCAUUCGUGAAAGGGGUUGGUGGUGUAACCCAUCUGGUUGUUGGUGUGGAUUAUUUCACAAAGUGGGUUGAAGCUCAGCCUUUAUCUAGUCUUACCUCCAAGAAGCUCGAAGACUUUGUUUUCAGCUCGAUCAUCUGCAGAUAUGGGAUCCCGAAUCAAAUUGUGGCUGAUAAUGGAACUCAGUUCAAUUGCUCCUCAUUCCGAGAUUUCUGUUCCAGUUAUGGGAUCAAGUUACAAUUCACCUCCGUUUACCAUCCGAAGUCCAAUGGCAUGGUUGAAUCUAUUAACAAAUGCAUUUUAGAAGGUAUAAAGCCGAGAUUGGAACAGCAUAAGGCCAAAUGGGCAGAUGAGCUCAACAACGUCCUCUGGGCAUACAGAACCACGAGCCAAACUGCCAUAGGUGAAACACCCUACCACUUGGCCUUUGGUACCGAAGCAGUCAUUCCUGUUAAAAUAGGAGUCCCAAGCUUCCGGGUCACCCAUUUCGAUGAAGGACGAAAUGGACAACUGCUUCGGGAAAACCUUGAUCUGCUUGCUAAAGUUAGAGAAGAAGCUCGGCUUCGGACUCUUGUAUACAAGCAGAAACUAGUCAACUUCUAUAAUAAACGAGUUCGCCCUCGAACAUUCAAAGUAGGAGACCUUGUUCUCAGAAAAGCUGGCCUAACAGGGUUUGAAACUCAUUUUGGCAAACUCGCCCCGAAUUGGGAAGGCCCUUAUACUGUGGCCGAUGUGCUACAUCCUGGUGCCUAUAUCCUCCAAGACGUUGAAGGAAAGAGAGUUCCUAGAGUCUGGAAUGUCAAUAACUUGAAGAAAUUUUACCCCUAAUAAAAUUCUUUUAAGAGAUCUAUGUCUUACAGUUCUUACUUCAUGAUUGUUGAGAUUCAUUUUACCUCUUAUUCUAUGUAUCCGAGGUCAAUCAGUCAAUUCAUUCCUUGAACCUCACUUCUGAUCAAUAAAUGUCACUUCACAUA